UUGACGGUAUCUGGGGCCGCCGAUCCAAAGCGGCCAUGCCAAGAACUGCCGGUUCGGUUUAGUUAGUAUACCAGAACGCGCCAAACAGCGCCGGGUGUGCGCGAUAUCGUCUGUCCAAACCUCGGCAUUCGAUAUUCGAACGCGGCACCAAUAAAAAACUUAGUAAAUGCGAAUCUAUGAAAAUUAAAAAUAUAUUUUUAUUGUCAUUGAACUACGCAAUUUAUUUGUACAAAUAAUACUAAAUAAUAAAUAGUGGUGUUUUGUGCUGCUUUUCGAUUUCUCAUUUCAUCGGAGCGCCGGAGUUUCGUUUUCGAGACUGUGUUUUGUUUGUUGUGGACAAAAUUAGACGCUGUUGAAAAGGAAGACAAAUCUCGCCAAAAUGGAUUUGGAGUUCCGCAACUUAAAGUACACUGUAAACAGUGUUAUACCAAAAGGCAAACGAAAAGAAGUUAUAAAAGGCGUAGACGGAAAAUUUUCAUCUGGACAGCUUGUAGCAAUCAUGGGUCCUUCCGGUGCCGGCAAGAGUUCGCUUCUCAAUGUUAUAUCUGGAUACAGGUCCGCAGGCGUUACAGGUGCUCUUUUGGUGAAUGGUCUGCCAAGAAAUGAGCAUCAAUUUCAGAGGUAUUCAUGUUACAUCACUCAAGAGGAUUUGCUCCAACCCCUACUAACUGUUCGCGAAGCAAUGGACGUUGCUGCCAAGUUGAAAAUAUCUAAAGGCGGAAAAGUCCAUUCGGAAGAAAUACUUCAGGAGCUGGGUCUGUUGGAGCAUCAACAUACAAAGACUGAUCGAUUGUCUGGUGGUCAGAAAAAGAGGUUAUCAAUUGCCCUAGAGAUGGUCAACAAUCCACCAGUAUUUUUCCUGGACGAGCCAACUAGCGGUCUGGACACAGUAACCACAGUGCAGUGUGUCAAAUUGCUAAAACAAUUGGCGCGGCAAGGAAGAACUGUUGUGUGUACAAUACAUCAGCCAGCGGCGUCGUUACUAGAACUGUUCGAUCAGGUAUACGUGAUAGCGGAUGGACGAUGUAUAUAUCAGGGCGACACUGCAGCUAUGGUACCAUACUUACAAAGCGUGGGAAUGCCUUGUCCAAGACACCACAACCCAGCUGAUUACAUUAUAGAACUAACAGAAAACCCAGAGUGCAUAGAUAUGUUAUCCCAAGAAAUGAUGAACGGAAAAUUAUACAAGUCUGCUAAACUAGAAGUGUCACCAAAUGAGCCACCCAGCACGAUAGAAUUGAAAGUAUGCUAUCAAUCAGAAGAUGAAUUGGCCGAGACAGAGAUAAUGCUGACAAAUGAGAAAUGCACAUACAAAGUACCAGGUUAUGAAGGCAAUGGGUCUGUCAGUUCAUCAUCAAGUCAAAUCUCGCAAAUGAACUCAUCGAUGGCUUGGAUGAAGGUACAAGAAACAAACAGCUCUGGAGGCUACGCAACUACGUACUGUGAACAGUUUUCAAUACUACUUUGUAGGAUGAUGAUACAAAUCUUUAGAAAUAAGCAAGGUUUAUGGAUCCAAUUGAUACAUCACGUAAUGUGCGGGGUGCUCAUAGGAAUAUGCUUCUUUAACAUGGCAAACGACGGCACACAGAUGUUCAAUCACUUAAAACUGUGUGUAGGACUCGUUAUAUUCUUCGCAUAUACACAAAUCAUGGUUCCAGUGCUUGUCUAUCCACAGGAAGUAAAACUCGUGAAGAAGGAACAUUUCAACCGCUGGUACAGCCUUACGCCGUACUACGCUGCUUUGACAAUCUCUAAAUUGCCUGUUCAAGUGUCAUUAAAUGUGAUCUUCUGUACCAUUGUAUACUUCAUGACUGGAGUGCCUUUCACUAUUUCGAGGUUCAUAGCUUUCUGCCUCGUCGGUAAUGUAGUGUCAUUGGUUGCUGAAGGCAUGGGAUUAGCUGUCGGUUCUGUUUUUAAUGUUCGAAAUGGCUGCGCUAUCGGUCCAUCAUCCAUCGCACCGUUCCUCGGUCUUGCCAUUUAUGGGUUCGAUUUCGCCCACCGCAUCCCGCUCAUGAUGAAUAUCUUAAUGAAGACAUCUUUUAUCCGUUGCGGUGUAGUCGCCAUGGUGCUUACCAUAUUCGGCUUCAACAGAGAACCAUUAGAUUGCAAAGACGUGUACUGCCACUUCGCAAAGCCAGAUGUUCUAAUAGAGUACCUCGACUUAGAAAGAACGUCAGUCUGGCUUGAAAUAAUAACAAUGUUAGGUAUCAUGUUUGUCUUUAGGUCGCUGUGUUUUAUCGGUCUUCGAUGGAGGUUCGCGACAUGAUGAUGCAAGCUUAUUUUAUCCGAUAGUUGAAAUAUAGGACGUAACUGCAGCUCAUUGACACAUCGAAGAAACUAAUCCUUGUGGAGAAUACUACGUGGCUGGUUUGUGUUCUAAAUGUAAUUCUAAGCAAAAUUCAUUGCCAAAACUUGUAGUCUGGUGUAACUUAACUAAUUUGCGUUAAUUUGAAUAAAUCAUAUAGGUACAAUACAUAUUAUAAUGACAAACUUAGGAUACAUUACUGUAGUGUACAGUUAUACUAAUAGAUAUAGAUGAGAGUUUGUAAAGAAUGUAUGAAAUUUGUUAAAAACAUCCUAGAAUUACAUAUGGAAGA